AUGGCCCAGAAGGAGGACAUGGAGAAGAGAAUCACUCCACUUGAGAAACGCUACCUCGCUGCACAGCACGAAGCCAUCUCUGGGCACAACCUCGAUGAUAAACUUGAAAAUGAAAUCGCAAAUAAGGAUUCUAUGCAUCGACAGGUUAAACCUGCUUCAACCACGUCUGUAAGGAAGGACGAAAUUGACCAGCAGUCAUCAGCCCCACUGGAAGGGAGCCUCCAAGAGAACUUAUGUCUACCAGGAUUCUAUAUGGAAGAAGCCAGUGGAGGUUGUGCCCCACGCACCGAUGGGACAGACUACACCAGUCAUUCAAACACCCUCUCUUCUUGCUUACCUUGCAUGACUUGCAAAUCAGGAGAAGAAGAAAAAAAUCGCUGCACCCCCACCAAGGACACUGAGUGUCAGUGCAAACCUGGCACUUUCCGUGAAGAUGCACUUGAAUUCUGUCAAAACUGCAGCACCGGGUGCCCUGAUGGGAAGGUCAUGGUCACGGACUGUACCCCCUGGAGCGACAUCAAAUGUGUGGACCAAGAAUCAGGUGCCCUGGCCCAUGGAGAGGCCCCAGUUCCUGGAGAGCCAGCAGCCACGAGCCAGACACUCCCCGUCACCCCCUCUCUCUCCGCAGGCCCUUCAGGGCAGAGGAUCGGAGUUGUAACUGGACUUGGAAACGCCAUUGUCCUAAUCGGAUGGGUUGUGUGGUGCUUCUUGAAAGGUCUCUUUGAUGAGUGCUGGCACAAGGUGAUUGGUUUCUCUAGCAUCUGGCAGCAUGAGACCCUCAGUAACUGCUUCUGCCCCCACAACAAUGCCCAGGGUGGACGUGGUCCCCGGUUUGUCCUAUGCUGUUAUCUCUAA